GCUCCCAGGUCCCGCUUGAUGUGCCCGCACCGAGUGCAUGUCUUGCUCGUGUACUCGUCCCGUGUCCUGGGCUUGGCUUUCGCCCGGACGGACAAGUGGCUCCGAGACCACGAUGUAGAAUUUACCGGUCUUGGUCCGCAUAAUGCGGGUGUCGCAGAGGAAGGGAAGCUGCAGUCGGCGAUCCUCGAUGGUCCCGUCGGGACGGAGGCGGGGAAGGAAGCUCCUCUCCAUCCGGCUGUGCUUGGGUGGCUUCUUGACACUCUUCAUGCUUCUGGACAGCAUGGGGUCGCCAUCAUCAUCCACAGGCUGUGGAAGAGGCGGACGCAGAAGCUGCACAGGAGUGUCUUGUGCGCUGGGAUGGGCCAGCUUGAGAGCAUCCAUGUGGUAUAUGUGAGCUGACGACAGAUCGAGACAUAAACGGCCCGCACCAUGCUGUUGAAGAGUGUGAUCACCGAGGAGAUGCACGGAUUGUGGUCGAAGGUCUAGUUGUAUCAGAUGAGGUAUGGGAUGUCUUCGCAAAAGUUUCUGGAUAUCGUGAGGCGGGCCGGUUGGGAUGCAGGCCGAUGGCGGAUGCUUAUGCUUUUGAGUGAAAAUCCAAACCCCCAUCCAGCGCAUGUCACAACAGGGACACAUCAUCCGACUCAGGGACAG